AUGCCUGAACAGUCUCUUUUAGCCCGACUUCCCCGAUGGCUCAGUCACUGGCUUGGCUAUCGUCCAGACCCCCCCAAGCCUCUACCGCAAUAUUUGGUCUGGUUCUGGUCUUUCAUUUCCGCAUUCUGUGGGCUGUCGGUGUUACAGGCCCUCUUCAAUUACUCCCAGUACUUCAUCGACCGGGGAGUGCCUGGGAUUAUAGCCUCCUAUGUCAGUAUUUUCUCUCUCCCCUCUGUUAUGAUUGCCACUAACACUAAGAAACGUCAGGGAGCGUCGGCGGUUCUCGUCUUUGGUGCAAUUGAGAGUCCGCUGGCUCAACCUCGCGCCUUGAUCUUUGGUCAUUUCCUGAGCGCGUUGGUCGGGGUCUGUAUCACGAAGCUGUUCAGCUUAAUUCCAGACGAGGAGAGAUUCAACUCGGUGCGAUGGUUGGCCGCAUCACUAUCAUCUGCCAUAGCGAUUGUGGUCAUGCAGAUCACGCAAACCACCCAUCCUCCAGCAGGUGCGACUGCUCUGCUCCCGGCGACCAGUGAUGCCGUGUGGAAUCUGUCCUGGUACUUUCUGCCUGUGACCCUACUGUCUUCUACCAUGAUUCUUGCCGUGGCGUUAUUGGUCAACAACAUCCAGCGCCGGUAUCCCACGUUCUGGAUUGCUCCACCCAAGCCGAAAGCCGCCCUUCCCCAGACAAAUCCGCCUAAAUAA